AUGCCUCUCGGAAUCCACAAUCCGCUUCCCUCGUCUCUGUCAAGCGAAUGCAAGAAAGCUGGGAAGAUCCUUGCAUCGUUCGUUGAUCCGCGACAAGCAUUUGGGCCUGACAAGGUCAUCCCGCCUGAGAUUUUGGCCGGCGCUAAGGGUCUUGCCAUUCUUACCGUCCUUAAAGCGGGCUUCCUGGGCUCUGCUCGUUUUGGUUCCGGUGUUGUCGUCGCCAGAUUGCCUGAUGGAUCAUGGUCUGCGCCGUCCGCGAUCGCAACCGCUGGUGCUGGAUUCGGAGGCCAGAUCGGGUUUGAAUUGACGGACUUUGUCUUCAUACUCAACGAUGCUGCCGCCGUGCGGACGUUUUCCCAGGUGGGCACUUUGACUCUUGGUGGUAACGUUUCGAUCGCUGCUGGACCAGUUGGUCGAAAUGCAGAGGCUGCUGGUGCCGCAAGCACCAAGGGCGUCGCAGCUGUUUUCUCAUACUCCAAGACAAAGGGUCUCUUUGCUGGUGUCAGCUUGGAAGGGAGCAUGCUGGUCGAGCGUAAGGACGCCAAUGAAAAGAUGUAUAACAGCCGAGUGUCUGCCCGCCAACUCCUCAGCGGCACUAUUCCACCCCCGGCCAGCGCCGAGCCCCUUCUACGUGUGCUGAACUCCCGUGCCUUCUACGGGGUUCGUACAAACGGCGACUCCAUGUACAACGAUAUCCCGGUAUACGAUGACCGUCAUGACGAUGUGGUUUGGGAGGGCCGCCGAGGAGAUGCCUUCGGAGAAGGCGUCCGACGCGACCGCACAGGAACGACGGGAUACAACGAGCCCUCAGAUGAGUACGAGUACCGCGAUAGGCCGCGCCGUGCCACCACCUGGGCUGAUGAUGUAUACGACCGACCCUCUGGAGGGUUAAGCCGGUCUUCCACCGCUCGUUACAGCAAUACUGGCCGCAACGAUGCGUUUGAUAGCUACAACCGCCCCCGAAGCAACACCUACGAUGAUGACUAUGUUUACUCCGACCGAAAGCCCAGCCGCCCGACAGCGCCAAAGCCUGUUUUUGGCCAGCGUACUGGGCAAACUGCUCCGCUGCGCGACGACCAAGCCAUUGCACUCUACACAUUCGAUGCCGAUCAGGAUGGUGACUUGGGAUUCAAGAAGGGCGAUGUGAUCACAAUCGUCAAGCGCACCGAAAAGAAAGAAGACUGGUGGACAGGGCGAAUCGGUGACCGCGAGGGCAUAUUCCCUGCGAACUAUGUCGAUGCAGCUUAG